AUGAAAAAACAAUCAUCCUCGGAAAAACCUCAAUCAUCUAAUAGGUCCCAUAGCAAUCAGUCAAGGCACCGACAUAGUUCUUCAGUUUCUACCAGUGCGAGUCCUUCUUCAACUUUCGGUGCAUUCAGCAAUACCACCACCGAUAGCAGCAGCAGUAGUAGCAGUAGUAAUAGCACCACUACAACCAUCGCCACCACAAACAAUAGCAACCUCCCUAGUAGUACCACUAGUACUGAAUCAAGCUCUAGAUCAAGACACCGAUCUGGCCAUGCUUCGACAUCUUCACACGAGCAAUCGUCUUCUAGCGCUUCAAAACCAUUGGGCAGGUCUCGUAAUAGUAAUAGUAACAAAACAGACGCUCACAAUGGCCAACAACACCCACACCAACACCAACAAGAUCGUAAUUCCGUGCAGCAUGGGAAACGUCAUCAUGGAAACACUCCACAGAACUUGCAAAAUACCCAGCAUCAUCAUAAGUCACAGGCUUCUCAGGGAUUAAAUACUUCUAGACAAUCGUCCAUGCAAAAUAUCUCGAGCAAUGCACCACUCUCCUAUCAAGGCCCACCUCCACCUCCAUCUCAGGAUAUAAUUCAAGAGCCUUCUCAUGGCUCUCAAUACCAAAACUAUGUCCAGCAAACACCUCAUCAUCAUCAUCAUCAAUUUCAAUUGCAACAGCAAAUCCAAUCUUCUAACAGAUCUGGCCAUAAUAUCCCCUCUUCUUCAUCCUCUUCUUCUUAUUCAUCCAACCAAUAUCCCUAUUUACCUUCAAACCAGCACCAUCCAAGCAUGUAUCCUCAAAAUUAUUAUCAGCCAAUGGGCCCUCCAGGGUCUCUUUAUCCCUUUGCUCCGCGGACAAUGGUUUCUUCAUAUUACCCUCCAGCACCAGCUUCCAUGUACCAGCCAAUCCACGCUCCAUCCCAACCUCAGACUCAUACAAACCAUUCUUCCCCUUAUGAUCCGGUCUUUUUAUAUCCCCAAUCUUCAAUUUUUGCCAGCUAUCUUCAAUUGGUCCCUUCAGUUCCAUCUCCUCAACCACAAAAUAGUGGGUUGCCCCAUUAUAGACAACAUAAACAUCACAAUGGUGGACUAAAUAGAAACCCCGAUCACCACUUGUCUAACUCCAGCUACGGAACACCGGGAAAUCAAUCUCCAGGUAUUCACCCAUACUAUCCUCAUCUUCAAGCCUCUCACCAUUCACCAAUUCCUCCACCUCCUCACCUUAUUGAUCCGUACCAGUCUCACUAUGUUGGAUUCCCUCCUUCCUUUUUUUCAAUACCUCGUGGGCCUCCCAAAAAACCUAAAAAAUCCGGGUUUGCUUUAUGGGUCGGGAACUUGCCACCAAGCACCACAUUGCUGGAACUUUGUGCGCUCUUUGGAACCAAUGAUAUCCAGUCCAUUUUUUUGAUCCAGCGGACUCUUUGCGCGUUUGUAAACUAUGUUUCAGAAAAGGCCUUGCAUGAGGGCAAGCAGAUUUUCGAAACCCGUGGAAGGGUGUUGAAAGGUAAUCACUUGGUAGUGAAAAUCAAAACCUCAUCUGUUUCCGAUCUUGAAGACGAAGAAAAUGACUAUUAUUUUGGCAAUCAAUCCGACCAAAAUCAAUCCGACCUUAGAAAAGCUCCUAUUGCGGUUUCUUCAUCGUCUUCUUCUGUAAAUUCAUCCUCUUCUCCUUCUCCAGCUUUAUCUACUUCUUCUUCUUCAACUGCAUUGUCAUCUCAAAAUAUUCAAGAACCAACAUUAGCAACAGGUAUCUCCUCAAGCAAAAAUAGAUACUUUAUUUGCAAAAGUUUGACGGUAGAGGAUUUGCAAGCAUCAGCAGUUUAUGGGCUUUGGGCCACUCAAACACACAAUCAAUCAAUCUUUAAUGAAGCUUUCAAGAAUUGUGAUAAUGUUUAUCUUAUAUUUUCUGCAAAUCGUGGCGGUGAGUACUUUGGAUAUGCCAGAAUGGCAAGCGAAAUCCCCAAAACUGCAGACAAGGAUUUGUUGCCAUUAAAGGAUUGGAAUUGGGCUCAACAGGAUGGGUUUCAAGACUCACCUGGAAUGGCAGGUGGGAAUUCCUCAUUGGUUGAUCAAAUGGCUGCGCUCAAACUUCCUUCUUACUACACUUCUCCCAACAUUCCUAGAGUUUAUCCCACCGCGGCCAAUCCAUCGAUUCCUAUCCCUGCGGGCAGAAUAGUCGACGACUCAUCGCGCGGGACUUUAUUUUGGGAGGUUUUGGAAGAGGAAGAACACCAUCCAGUCACACCAGAAGAAUCAGUAUCAACAAGCAGAGAAAAACAAUCAUCAAAAUCUGGAGAUGAAGAAGACUCAUCUCGGAGAAUCGGCUCCUCGAGAUCAACGGGAUCUUCUCGGUCUUCAAGUUCCUCUUCUGAAUCUACCAAAACUGUUAUCGAGGAUCCUCAACAGUCAAUGGAGAAGAAGAAAAAGAAGAAAGAAAAAUCGUCAUCUUCUUCAAAGGGCUCUUCUUCUUCUUCUUCUUCUUCAACCAGCGGCGGAGAUUCAGCUGUAACUGAUAGUGACAGUAGUAGUAGUAACAACUGGACAGUUCCGUUUCGUAUUGAGUGGUUGUCUCCGCCUGGGAAAACUGUUCCCUUUUACAUGGUGCGUCAUCUUCACAACCCUUACAACCGUAACCAGCCUGUCAAGAUUGCGCGCGAUGGUACAGAAAUCGAGCCUUCAGUUGGCUAUCAAAUCAUCUCUAUGUUCCAUGAUAAGUAA